GUCAGUUUUCGGAAUCCCAGCGCGCACUGCUCGGAGAGGAGGGACCCAAGCCCGGCUUCGUGUCCCGGCUGCUCCUUCUCGGCCGGGCAUCCCGGCUCUCUCUGCUGCCCUCCCGGCCCGGGCCCUUCGCGAUUCCCCUCGGCAGGGCUUCGCUCCGAAAGACUUUGCUUCCUUCUCUGCCCUCUUUGUUGCUUUGCAAACCGACCUCUCUGCAGCCCUUGACUCCACUCCUCCGGGAGUUGCAUCUCCAUCCCGGCGGUCUCCGUGCACAGUCCCGCGGAUUCCAAAACCUUGCCUCCGUUCGCUCCGAGAAGCCGACCUUCACUUCAUUGAUGCACCCAUUCCAGUGGUGUAACGGGUGUUUCUGUGGCCUGGGGCUGGUGAGUACCAACAAGUCCUGCUCAAUGCCACCAAUCAGUUUCCAGGACCUUCCCCUCAACAUCUACAUGGUCAUCUUCGGCACUGGCAUCUUUGUCUUUAUGCUCAGUCUCAUCUUCUGCUGCUACUUCAUCAGCAAACUCCGGAACCAGGCACAGAGCGAGCGAUACGGCUACAAGGAGGUGGUGCUUAAAGGUGAUGCUAAGAAGUUACAGCUCUAUGGGCAGACCUGUGCAGUUUGUCUGGAAGACUUCAAGGGGAAGGAUGAACUAGGUGUGCUUCCGUGCCAGCAUGCCUUUCACCGCAAGUGUCUGGUGAAGUGGCUAGAAGUGCGUUGCGUCUGCCCCAUGUGCAACAAGCCCAUUGCUGGCCCCACGGAGACCUCACAGAGCAUUGGGAUCCUGCUGGAUGAAUUGGUGUAAGCGCUCCUUGCGUGCGGAUACUGGAGAAGACUGCUGACUUUGCGGGCACCUGGGUUCCGCUACACAAGGAACAAGAUUCACACUCACCUAUAGGCAGGGAUGACAGAGCUGCCCUUCUACCAUCACCACUGGACCAGUACCAGACUUGUCCAGUGUCUGCCUCCCAGGGCUUCUCUCUGUUAUACAUUUCCAAUGGCCUCAUCCAGGUAGACUACUCUAUCCUGGUACUGGACUGACUAUCCAUCCACCCGCCUCAUCUGGGAAGGAGUCAACUCUGUGACUGUGAACAUGGGCACUUCCCUUUGGAGAACGAGCAACUCUGACCUUGAAAGGGUCACCCCUCUGUCCCACCCACGUCCUUCACUCCUGCCAGAGCCUUCCAUGGGAUGGUUUCCAGGGGAAAGGAAAGAAAGAUCAAGACACGAAGAUGAAAGGCUCUGUGUAAAGUAAAGGAAGGCAGGGACCUAAAAAAGGGAAAAGUCAAUGUUUACACGAGAUGUCGGAAACAAAGGCCAGCCUCGUCCUGGCCGACUACAGGGUGAUGGGACCAACCCUCCCCUGGUAGGAUCUGAGGUGCUAUUCAUUCUCUCCCUGGCCCUGGUUGAUCUCAGAGCCGUCUAGUCACGGUUGGUUUUGUUUUGAAGAGACUCCUCUCUAUAGGAAGGGGUCUAAUCCUCAAGUCCACUUUCAGGGGCUUUUUUUUUAGAAGCAAAACGGGCCUCGGGAUGGGGAUGGUCGGGAGGGUACAGUAAUGCGGAUGUCUGCUUCCUCUCUGUAAAUAGUAUUUUUAUACUUCUUCACCAUCUCAGGCUUACACAUGCGGCCCUGCAGGAUGGAGGGGGUGGAGUGUUCCCUUCCUCCUCGCCUGAGCAGGGCGGCUGAGAGUGGGAAAAGGUUAUGUAUUUAAAGAAAAUUAAAUUUAAUAACAUGUUUCUCUAAUCAAA